AUGGAGCACCAAGGCGACCCGAACAUCUCGUUACCUUCUCCAGUAUCGCCAGUCGCGAACAACAAUGGAACCGCAAUAGCAGCACGAACACCCCUGGUCGACCCGACUAUCUACCCAGGAAACUCGCGCUCCAUCUCGUCAAUCGCGUUGCACGGUCUAUGCUUAGGCAUCACUCUCUCUGCCUGCAGCAUCGGCACCGUUCAGCUCGCACUUUCCAGCUACCGCAUCUGGCGCCUCACAGAGUUCAUCGCAACACUCUCUCUGUUCCACUUCCUCGAGUUCUGGACCACCGCACGCUACAACACGGCCAAUGCAAAGGUGUCCUCUUACCUCNNCCUCACCAGCAAUGGAGGUGCCUACCUCGCCGCACAUGUCGCCGCCAUGAUCGAAAUCGUCGUUACAUCCCUCUUCUUCCCCGACCUGCAAGAUCGCUACAGCAAUACAUACACAGUUGGCUUGGGGUUGGCGUUGGUGAUUAUGGGACAAGUUGUUCGCAGUGUUGCCAUGGCGCAGGCAGGAGUUAGUUUCAACCAUAUCCCUGCGAAGAGCAAGAAGAACGACCAUGUCUUGGUUACUGAAGGUCUUUACUCUUACUUCCGCCAUCCCAGUUACUUUGGCUACUUCUUCUUUGCUGUGGGUACACAGAUUGUGGUAGGGAAUAAGAUCUGCUGUGUGUCCUAUCUCAUAAUCCUGUGGUUCUUCUUCAAGGACAGAAUAAAUAAACAAGAUCUAGUCAAAUUCUUUGGUGAUGAUUAUCGUAGUUAUCGCCAGAGAGUCGGUACUGGCAUUCCAUUCAUCCCAUAG